AUGGAAACAAAACCUACAGUACUGACUUUAACUGAAAUCACCGGUAUGUCUAUAUACGCAGGUCAGAAGCGUGUAGAGGAUUUGCAAACUGUUUUUAAUGGACAGCUAGCCGUUUUGGAUGCAACAGCUGGAAUAGCUCUGAUUAACUACUCACUAAAACCGCAAAUCGACUGGAUUCCGAACAAACAUCGUGCCGGUAUCUACGCUAUGCUAAGACUCAUCAUUACAGAUAUUUUACCGUCCUCAGUUGAGAAGGUGAUCGUAUUGGACACGGACACUCUGUUCAACUAUAACAUCCUUGACUUGUGGAAGCAAUUUGAAAAGUUCACACCCCAACAGAUUGUUGGUGUCAAUGGUGGUGUAUUACUUCUACACCUGAAAAAGAUGCGACACAAUAUGUGGAGUACAUUGUGGCUGAGUGAACUUUUCUAUGCAAUCUCCAGGCAAGGGACGUUGUAUAAUGGUGAGCAGGAUGUAUUUGUGUUCAUGAUUAUUCACAAUCCGCAAAUCUACUAUCGGCUGCCUUGUGAAUGGAAUUUUCAACUAAGCCGUUUUUCGUUGCCGCACUGUUGCCCUGUGAUCUGGCCUCUGAGGCGACCGGAUGAAAUGGACUGCAUAACAGGGAAGCAUUCGCCGGCCUCCGCAACUCAGCCAAACUUGUUGAAAAUCGGACAUCUAGACCGUAAUGAAAAACCUGAAACAAACGACUACACACAACUAGCCGAAUCGGAUGAUUUAACCACAGUACCCAGCUUCUCAAGUAAGUGA